ACACGUCGUCCUAUGCAUAACUAAAAAUUCGCGAGUUUCCCGGGUAACGGUAAAGCCUAUUGGGCUACUACGAAAGAAGCCCACUGGGCUGGAGAGUGGUUUUGAUAUUUUUAUCAUUUCGUAUCCGCUCGAGCGUUGACAAAUUCGAAUUUUGAAAUUCAGUUUGAAUCUUCACAGAGAAGAUGGUUCCGCCAUUGUUGAAGCUCGCGUUCGUCCAGGGACCAAGAGACGGCGAAUCUCUAGAGUACAAGCCCGGAUCCACUAUCCGUAUCGGCCGAAUCGUUCGCGGCAACGAAAUCGUCGUUAAAGACGCCGGAGUCUCCACGAAACACCUCCGAAUCGUAUCCGAUUCCGAGAACUGGAUAGUCCACGACCUUGGAUCCUCCAACGGCACAAUACUGAACUCGGAACCUCUCGAUUCAGAUACUCCUGUCAUUCUCCGCCACGGAGACGUGAUCAAGCUAGGUGAGUGUACUUCCAUUGUAGUGAACUUUGAGACUGAUGCUCAGGUGGAGGAGGAGGAGCAUAAGCUUCCCCCGAGGCCGAGGAGGAAUAACAGGCGCCUUCGCAGGGUUGGUAGGCCUCGGAAGAACGAAAAGAAAGUAGCGGUUAUGAAGGAGGAGGAGGAAGCUGUUCCAGUGGAGAAGAAGGGCAACUCUAAGGCUAAGAGUUUUGAUUUGAAUCCAAUCAAGUUGGAGAUUGAGGAUACUCGAAUUGGAGUGGAGAUCUCAGAGAUGAAGAGAGGUACAAGGAGCAGUAGGCAGAUGAGAAACGAAUGUUUGGGGUUGGAAGAGAAUGUAAAGUGUGAGGAUACUGUUAUAGAGGAGAAGAGAAGACCUUCAAGGGCUACGAGGAGCAAGAAGGAAGCGAUUGGUGGGGAUUCUUUUCUGGAGUUGGAGAUGGUUCUGAACCAAGCGAAGAAAAGCCGUGCAAAGAAGAAGAAAACGGAGCAGAAGAGCGUUGUAGAAGAGAUGGAAUCUAGAAAUGAGGAUGUUGAAGAAGAUGAGAAAGGUCGCAUUGAAACAUGUGAUAAGGUAGAUGAGGCAUCUAAGAUGUUAGAGCAGGUUGAGAUUGAGUCAAGGAAGAGCACAUUAGGAGAAGAUGGAGAGGCAGAGAACUUACAAGAUGAAGUUGAAGAGGAAGGAGACUGUAAGAGCAAUGAAGCUGUAAUUGAGACAUCAGAUGGUGGGUGUGAGGAAGAAGGAAAGGCUGAGCAGGGAUCAAGGAAUGACAAGAAUGUAGAGAAGGUAGAUUUAGAGAAGAUGACACUUGGAGACUGGUUUGAAUACAUGAAAGUACACUUGCGAAAACAGAUUGUGGAUAAGACGGAGAUGAUGAUAGAGGAUAUGAGAAGUAAAUCUUUAAGAGUUCGCCACCAUAUUGCAGAGCAGAAGCAAGCAAAGGAAGAAGGCAGUGUGAAUUAAUCUGUACAUGGUUGAAUAUAUGAUAUUCUGAUCAUCUGAGUAGUAAACUUGCUUCAGUUUCGA